AAUUAUAGGACAGACAUGGCCAGUGACAGGGUCCAUGCUGCGUUACCUGAACCUCCCAGUCAGAGUGAAGAGAAGAACAAAGAAGAAGAGAAGGCUUUUGGGAAUAUCUUUGCUGAGUUAGAAUCUGUAGAACUGCCUCUUGGAGCCACCUUAAGGUCCAUUUACGAUGACCAGCCCAAUGCCCACAAGCGCUUCAUGGAAAAGCUGGAUGCCAGGAUAAGGAACCAUGACCGCGAAAUUGAAAAAAUGUGCAAUUUCCACCACCAAGGCUUUGUGGACGCCAUCACAGAGCUCCUCAAAGUCCGCGCUGAUGCUGAGAAACUGAUGGGUCAAGUGACAGACACUAAUCGAAGACUCCAAGAGGCAGGGAGGGAGGUGACAGCUCAGACAGAAGAGGUGAUCCGCUGUCGGAUCCAGCAGAGGAACAUGGCCACCACUGUCGAAAAGCUCCAUCUCUGUAUACCAGUGCUAGAAAAGUACAGUAAACUAAAGGAGCAGCUCGAGUCCAAAAGGUACUAUGCUGCAUUGAAGACCAUGGAGCAGCUGGAGAAGGUCUUCAUUCCCAGGGUAAGUCAGUACAGGUUCUGUCAGAUCAUGGCUGAAAACCUGCCCCGGCUGAGAGAGGAGAUCAAGGAGAUCUCCAUGUCCGACCUCAAGGACUUCCUGGAGAGCAUCAGAAAACACUCCAACAAGAUUGGUGAGACCGCCAUGAGACAGGCACAACAGCACAGGACCUUUAACAGUGCAGUAGCCAAGCAGGCUAGUAUUGGCCACUACUCCAAUCCCGUUUACUCCCUCAAUGGACGAGCACACACUCACAACGGCCUGAUGAUGAACGACGAAGCAGGAGAGGAGGAGGAAGCAGAUGAAGAGGUUCUUACAGCUCAGGACCUGGUGGACUUCUCACCUGUCUACAGGUGUUUACACAUUUACACUGUGCUGGGUGACCGAGAAACAUUUGAGAACUACUACAGAAAACAGAGAAAGAAACAGGCCCGGCUAGUGUUACAGCCACAGGCUAACAUGCAUGAGACCGUGGAAGGCUACAGAAGAUACUUCAAUCAGAUAGUAGGGUUCUUCGUUGUGGAGGACCAUAUCCUCCACGCCACACAGGGUCUGGUGACCAGAGUUUUCACUGAUGAACUGUGGAACAUGGCCCUCUCCAAGAUCAUCGCUGUGCUCCGCACACACUCUUCAUACUGUGAUGACCCAGACCUGGUCCUGGAGCUGAAGAACCUCAUAGUCAUCUUCGCUGACACACUACAGGGUUAUGGUUUCCCAGUCAACCGACUGUUUGACCUGCUGUUUGAGGUCAGGGACCAGUACAAUGAAACUCUCCUGAAAAAGUGGGCCCUGGUUUUCAGGGAGAUCUUUGAGUUGGACAACUACAGUCCCAUCCCAGUGGAGACAGAGGAGGAGUAUAAAACUGUAGUCAGCCGCUUUCCCUUCCACGAUGCUGAGAUUGAGAAGCAGGACUUUCCAAAGAAGCUACCAAUGUCCCAGUCCGUCCCUCAGAUCUACACUCAAGUCAAAGAGUUAAUUUAUGCCAGCCUCAAGUUCUCUGAGUCACUACACCGGAGUUCUACAGAGAUUGACGACAUGUUGCGAAAAUCCACCAACCUGCUGCUGACAAGAACACUCAGCAGCUGUCUGCAAAGCCUCAUCAAGAAACCUCACAUAGGACUGACUGAACUAGUGCAGAUCAUUAUCAACACCACCCACCUGGAGCAGGCCUGCAAGUAUCUGGAAGAGUUCAUAACAAACAUCACCAAUGUCUCUCCUGAAACCGUACACACCACUAGACUUUAUGGCUUGUCCACGUUCAAGGAUGCUCGUCAUGCUGCAGAGGGAGAGAUUUAUACCAAACUCAACCAGAAGAUUGAUGAGUUUAUCCAGCUAGCAGACUACGAGUGGGGAAUGUCUGAGUCGGACGGCCGGGCCUCUGGAUACCUCAUGGACCUGAUAAACUUCCUGCGUUCCACUUUCCAGGUCUUCACACAUCUCCCGGGUAAAGUGGCCCAGACGGCUUGUAUGUCAGCCUGCAAGCACCUGUCCACAUCACUGAUGCAGAUGCUGCUGGACACAGACCUCAAACAGAUCAGUAUGGGGGCCAUUCAACAAUUCAACUUGGAUGUCAUUCAGUGUGAAUUGUUUGCCAGUUCCGAGCCUGUCCCUGGCUUCCAAGGAGACACACUCCAGCUGGCUUUCAUCGAUCUUCGACAGCUCCUGGAUCUGUUCAUGGUGUGGGACUGGUCUACUUACCUGGCAGACUACGGCCAACCAACCUCCAAAUACCUGAGGGUGAACCCAGCCACCGCCCUGGCCCUGCUGGAGAAAGUCUACAGGGGGAUGAAGGACACCAGUAAGAAGAACAACAUCUUCUCUCAGUUCAGGAAGAACGAUAGAGACAAACAGAAACUGAUAGAGACUGUGGUCAAACAGCUGAGGAGUCUGGUCAAUGGAAUGUCCUCCUAAAACAUGUGUGCUUCUUGUCUCAUGCACACAACAAACUGCUGAGACGCGCACAGAGGAUGGAGAUAUUCACACAUCUAAUAAAGUGAAAACUGAAAGGGACGGAUAUGCCACUUACACACGCACACAUACAUAGAGGCACAGCAAUAGCGUCCCUGUCUAAGGCAUGCAGGGACCACACACACGAACACCCACACAGACAUUACACUCAAUGUAAAUAACACAAUAUACUAAACAAUUUACUGGACUCAGAGUACAAGUCAAUUGAAGAAAAAGCAUGGAAUACAUUCAUCAUUCUACCACGCCAACUUUCAACAUCAAUUAGAUAUUAUAAGUUAUGACACGCCAUGACACCCUCUCCUACGUCGGGGGGAGCCAGCGUUGUCCUCUGAUGACGAACCACAGGAAAUGACGACAAAUGAGUUGGAAAACGGUGGACACUAACAAUGUAGAGUAAAGUGCAGUGGCACUCUAUCAAAUAAACAUUAUAUACAUUUCCCUCAUUCCGUGGCUGUGUCCCCAACAUUAAAUUAUUUUUUAUUGAUUUUUAAAUUGUACUUAAUGUGUUUAAUAAUGUAUUCAUUAAAGUAAUAAUGAGUGAAUUGAUUAUCAGAGGAAGUUCAACUCAUUGUCCUUGUACUCGGACUGUUGUUGCUGUGUCAUCUCAAAAGACUGAUUGAUAAAAUAGCACAUUUCUGACUUCCAUUGAGCAUGUAGACCAAUGAAUUGAGACAGGGGGGGAUGAGUCUUUGACACCCCGAUGCGAGUUUAAUUAGUCACAUGUUCUCUGCACACAAGAAACCAAGCUGAAGAUCUGAAAAGUGUCUUUUUGAGGAUUGGUCCAUCUUUGACAACACCGAAAGUUACCAAAUAAUCCAAUGAAGAUGGUCGUCAGCAAAGGCUCCAAGGACAUGAGGAGGAUUUGGGAUUGGUGUCGCAGUGACAAACAAACAAAUAAAUUCAAUUCAAUUAAAGUUGGUAGAACAGAAGACCUCUACAAUUUUAGCGAAUGUUAAUCUUUGUUUGCUAACAACAUUAUCAUGCUAACGUUGGCAUAUUCAUGCGGUAAGCAUGCGUGCAUGUGUCAACGUUAAUAGAGUCAGAACACCCACAGGCCAACUGGCAUAUCAAUGUUACCUCUGUCAGUCCGCUAUCACCGCUGUACUCGUGUACUAGUGUCGGGCGCGAGGGGGACAUGUCAGCGGGGACAUCACUGCAAGCCCUCAUCCUCCCUCUGUAAAUCCUGUCACUUGUUGGGUAAGGAAACUAUUUGAGUGACAUUAACUGGAGUUUUGUCUUACAACUCAAACUACUGGCCCACAUAGGAAAUUAUGUUAUUGUGGAAUAUAUAUAAAUAUACACAGUACCAGUCAAAGCUUACAUACAUAUAAAAACAGUUCAAUACAUUUCAUACUUAAUUCUUUCUUUUUGUUUCUCAGGAUGAAAUUAAGCUUUAGAAUCAAAUAACCCAUGUAUAUUUCCAAAGCACAGCAAUAAUGAAUUGGUGGCUUUCCAGUCUUGCGGGCAGAUUGAUGUUUAUUUAAAUUCCUGCAGAUGACUGAUGACAUUUUGUAAUGCAACAGUUUCUAUUCUGUUUAUGUUUUGGGUCUGUGGUCCUUUUUCAGCAGGCAGUUUUGCACUGAAAUCUUUUUGUUCCGCCUUUUUUAAAAUUUUCUUGUAAAUGAAAAUGUAUAUACUGCAUAUUUUGUAAAGAAAAUAUUGCAGCAGUCUGCAGAGUUGGAGGUUGACACUGAUAUGGACCUCCAUCUACACCUUGGUAAAUAUGUUAAUAAGAGUUUGCGUUUGUUGCUUACCUGGUGAACACGGUCGAGUAGUUUGCGGAGCUCAGUUAUUUUUGUUCGUACCUUCUCUCCACUCAUUUGCAUGGUUUAGGUUAUCAAAAAUGCUCUAUAAUGUUCUAGCUUAGACCCAGUACUAUUCCAAUAUGGAGUAUUUAAAGCGUGCUCCGAGAGGUAAUCGAAAUGCUCAUCAAUGUUUUCCAAAAUAAAGGACACAUCCAUAUUCAGUUUUUGUCAAAGGGUCUCCGAGCACACGCCUCCUGUUGGGUUCUGCUCAUGGGUUUAAACCGGUGAUCCUAGUUUGGAGGUGUGUGCAUGGCGGUGCAUUGGCUUCUAACAGUCAAAUAUGUUGUUGAUGAAUGGUUUCCUACUGCCUCCAGUAUCAAAAUUUGACCACUGGCCAGAUACUUUGGUUAGUAUGAAGCAAUUCACAAAUCCUCAUGGUAAUAGAAAACACUGCAUGUUUGCUGUUGCUCAUUAGCUGUAUAUACUGUAGAUCGUAACACAUGGGACAAUAUACUUUAGAACCUGGAAUAAAGCCCUGGCACUCUGCAUUUAAAGUCAAUUUCAAUUGAUUGAAUUUGAGAAAAUCAAAACUCUGUGAUCUUUUGAUUUGGCGCAAAACAAAUUAAAACCAAUGAUCAUUUCAAUGAGGAUUCUGGCCUUCCCCAGAAGUGGAGAGAUGGUACAUUUUAAUAUCCAAAGGAAUCCUUGCUUUACCCUUGCCAUUGUUCUCAGUGAGACUCAGAUGGUGUUUUCCUAAAUUUGUUCUUUUUUUGUGUGCUGUAAUAAAGGUUUAUUCAACAAUAA